CUUCCCUUUCGUCUCCUGGUUCGUAAACACAACGUUGACCUUGCCUUCUCUUCAAUGAUAAUGAGCGACGCCUUUCUGCACUCUGAAGCAGUCCGCGCAGUCGAGUUCACUACCUGCCCCGAAGAUCGCCCUCUCAUUGUUCAACUGGCCUGCAAGAACUCGCCGGAUUUUGCGCGCUGCUGUGAACUGCUUCUCAACCAGUGCGAUGGUGUGGACCUCAACUGUGGAUGUCCUCAGGGCUGGGCUAUGAAGGACGGAUAUGGAGCGGCAAUGUUGAAGCAACCAGAACUGAUCGCCGAUCUUGUGAAGGCGGCUCGAUGUGUGGCACCACGUUGGCGAUGUCCCACUGAGGCAGCCGACUGCGACAAGCAUCCCACCGCGGAUCGGCCUGACAGAGUGCCCUUUUCUGUCAGCGUAAAAAUCCGUCUUGUUCCAACUUCCAGCAGCAGAGCUACAGGAGCCGACUCGAGCGAAGAAAAUAAUGUCAAACUUACGGUUGAGCUGAUUCGAAGGGCCGCAGCCAUGGGUGUGGACUGGGUGACGGUUCACGGUCGGACGGCCUCACAACGUACCAGCGAUCCCUGUCAAUGGGAGGCCAUUCGCAACAUAAUCGAUGCCCGCAUCCCCCAUCUGGAGGACGGAAGUGCACCACUGCCCGUCUUCCUGAAUGGCGACGUCGCCUCAGCUGCGGAUGCUUGGAGGGCACACCAGCUUACUACGUGUCCCGGUAAAGCUGUGCAGACACCCCAUCGCUCUUUGCUUCGUCUUCUUCUUCUUCGUCGUCGUCGUCGUCGUCGUCUUCUUCUUCUUCUUCUUAUUGAUGCUUGUUUCCCGGUGUAUCGUUCCCGUGCAAAAAUUGAUUAUUUGUUUCGACUCUAG